AUGUUGUUUGCUAGGUUUAACUUAGAGAGUAACGAAGAAACUUGUUUACAAGUAGAAAAUGAUUUUCAGAAUGGGGUCGACGAAGAAAGUUUCGGAGAGGAUAGUGAUGAUGAUGCUCUGCAUGGUGGUGGUUUGGGACAGGGAUCGAAUCAAAGGGGCCUUGCUUUUGGUGAAAGCGAUGAUGAUGAAGCUGGAGCAGAUGAUGAUGGGGAGGCAGAUGAUAAUGACGCAGAAGCAGAUGAUGACGGUAGUACUGGUUCGGAAGAUUCAGAUGAGGAUCCGGCUCCUCGGAUUCAUGGGACUCGAAUGAACUCGGUAUGUUCUUUCUUUGCUUCGUUUUCUUUUUUUUUAACUUUUGUCUUGAUUUCCUGGAUUAACUGA